AGCAUUUUUCGUGCUAAUCCUCCAGGGAAGGAAGCUAAUCAAGCAUGGGGGUGCGCUCACGGCUGAGCCCAAGGCUGUGACGCUGCCAGAUCCCGUCUCCCAGUUUCCUAAAUCCACAGAUAUUGUUUCCCAGCGACGACAACAACCGAGACCUUAGGCGUCCAGCAAAUCGCCAUGUCAAAGCUAUUUAUCGGGUGGGUGCAAAUCGUUCGCUUUUUUGCUUCCGCGCCCAUUGCUAACGGCGGCAGCGGCCUCGCCUGGCACACUGAUGACGCAACUCUACGGCAUGGGUUUGAGAUAUUUGGGGAGGUGCAGGAAGCUGUUGUGGUGAAAGAUCGCGACACGCUACGUAGUCGGGGGUUCGGGUUGGUUCGUUUUGCGCACGAGAGAGACGCCGUGGUGGCACAGCAGGCCAUGAAUAACAAAGAAAUUUCAAUUGUUGCUGACAAAAUCUCUCUCCCCAUCAGGUUUGAUGGCCGGGUGAUCCGAGUCGGCCCCGCUUCGGACCGCCAGGACAGGUCCGGAGGCGAAGCAUUUCACGGCCGUGGAGGUUAUAACCGAAGUGAGAUUGGGGUUGACGGAAGAAGCUACGGAGGGGGUUACGGAGGUUACGUGAGAGCUGUGCGGCUGGGUAAUAGCAGCAUCUCGUCCACGACUCCAUCGAGUGAUGAACCGGUAUCCCCUUGGGCUGACCUUUCAGCCGUGCAAGAAAAUGCUGGACUUCUGGAUCACCGUUACCUUCCUAUGCUAGGAGUAGGCCGGGGUGGUAGCUCUAGGGUCUCUGUCGAGGAGAGCGCGUCGGGCCCAGCUGCUCCUGAUAUCGGCCGGCUUCGAGAAGUGAUCACGUUUGACUGGGAAUUGCCAUCACUGCUCCGGGAAAUCUCUUCCAGUGCAAAUGCGUAUGCCAGGAGAGAGUCCGUUCUCGAUGCAAUCACUCUAGUGGCAAAGAGUGAUUCGGUCGAGUUGAUGACUUGCCGGCAGUACCUUGAGGGCUCUCACCCAGACAUGGGGGUCAAGCUAGUGGGGAUCUGCAUCGAUGCUCUGGGCUCUCCGGGUUAUGUGUCUGGCAAGGAGGACCCUCAGUUCAAAGACAUCGCGGUGUGGCUGUGUCUGACAUUCCGUACGCCGAGAAACGGGGUCACAGUCAUGGUUUCCACGGGCUCAUUCAACGGUUCGAGGUUCACAAUGAGUGAGACUCAUAUGCUGUCGUCCCCCGCAUGUUGGUCUCAGCUAUUUGAAAACGCAGUCGUCGUCGUAAUGCCUGCUGAGGUCUUCCCUACAAAUGGGCUAUUGAAAUUGAGCUUCGGGGCCUUGCUCCAGCUUGCAGCAGUGGAAUACCCUGUAGAAAUAGAGUCAGGAUUGGUUCUCAUGGGCUACUCGACCGCUUUGGUUCCGGUUGAUAUCAACGAUCGCGGCCAGCUCCGAAAAUCCGAACUGCUGGCGACUCAAGGAUCCUGGCUGCAGAGACAAACGCUGGAAGAGCUUCAUACCGCAGAGGCCCUGCUAGGCUGGUGCGCAUCGGCACAGGUCCGAUUAGGGACGGACAGUCUCGAGGCCAAUGUGGGCUGGUCGGACGCCAAGGUCAAGCCCACGACAUGGCGCUGGAAGGGAGCCAAUCUGCAGUUGCUAGCUCAGUCGGCGGCACCCAUCCAGAUUGGGGCCCAGGUUGGGUUUGCGUGGGAACGCGCUGUCAACACCGUCCGGUUCACGCCGGGAGGAAACUACACACGAUGUCUGGCCAGUAGUAUGCUGGAACAGGCCAUUCUCUACGACGUCAGCGCCCAACGAGCGUGGCUCGUGCCCCUUCUCUCCAUCUACCAUCACAUGUUAUUGGUCUACCACUCCAUGAUGUCGCCGCCAGGUGACCGGCGACCGAUCCCCGUCGCGAUACCUUCUAAUGGAUCCGCGAGCUCGUUAGAGAGCCUGCGAGCCAACGGGGCGGUUGCGGUGGAGGGAGUCGGGGAAGACACGCUGACCGUGCGCGAGCUCAUCAUGGGAUUUUCGAUCAACUUUUCUAUGACGACCCUGCAGCCGCCCAGGGGGUCCCGGAUCUACGGCUAUGAAUUCAUGGACUUGGUGGUAGGAUCUCCACGAAGCGACCUGAAGACCAUCAUGGUGGAGCGACCCGGUCUGGGAUGGGCGCCCCUGUUGAACGAGCUGCCCUGUCUUUUUUGCGCGGGGCUGGGAGAUGCAAUCGUGGGGACGAGGGCCAGCAAACUGGAUUCUCCGUGCAACUACCUACCCGUCGGCCGGAACCUACUGGCAUCGCCAGUCGAGACUAUCCAGACGCUAUGCCGGAAGCAAGGCAGCACCCUCACGAAUGAACACAGGCGAAUCACACGAGACUAUGUACUCGCGCUGAGCGGGCAGCCGUUCAUCCGGUGUGUCCACGGCGCAGGGACUUCGUCAUGCUGGGACCACCCGGAAGAGUUCAUACAGAAGAUUCAGCGCGGUGCAGAUGCGGACAGUGGUGAACAAGCUCGUGGGGAGACUGGCCCUCCUACCCGGGGAGCAGUAGUUUUAGGGAGUGUGGGAGGACAGGGCUUCCGCCGGGCUUAUGAACUUUGGCGAUGA